AUGGAAACAAAAGCGUAGUUAUUUGGAAGAUAUCAAGAAAAAUGCUAUCUGAAGUAGAGAAUUUUGACAACAAUAACAGCGAUGUUAUGUCUCCUGAAGAUAAAAAGAAAUACCUGAGCGAACUUCUGGCGGAUAGAGAGUCGCAAAGGCUGGCUGAUAUUGCUGUAAGAAACGAAAAACGCGAUAAAGAGAGAGCAUCACAUGAAAGUCAAGAUCUUUUUGCAGCUGCGUUUUCUUCGGAAUACGAAAAGUUGACUUAUGAACUUGCCCAAAUUGAAAAUGCUACCUUUUCACCUGGCGUAGAGCUAGAGCCUCUUCAAACAGAAUUACAAAACAUAGCGAUUCGAAUAGAAACUUUGCAAAAGAAUUUAAACGAAUCUACAAAUUUUCUUCCAGUACGUUCAAUAGGAAGCUAUAAGUCUCAAAUUACUAGCCUUCAGAUUAGUGUAACUGCAUUACGGGACGCUUUACAACCCAAGAAAAAGUUUGCAUUCAAAUUGAAAAGGAAACCGAUUCAGUCAACGUCGGCAAGUGCAUCACCGCUUCAAAAGCAAACCCAGUCUCAGCCAGCCGCUUCCGAAAUGUUAAUAAAACCCUUAUUUGAAUGUAUAAAAAAUCAAAAUAUUGAGCUGCAAGGGGAAAAAGUUGAUGGUCAAGAUGUGAUUUUGCAGAAUAUUGUCGACUCCCAAGUAAGAAUUUUGGGCUGUCCGGCUACUUUGCAUCUUCUGAACGUGGAGAACAGUAAAGUGCUCAUCGGACCAUGUUCUUCAUCCGUCUUCCUGGAACAGUGUUCGAACUCCACAAUUGUUUUAGCAUGUCAGCAACUGAGGUGUCACACCUCAAAAAACUGCUAUCUCUUCGUUCACAUUACAUCCCGAGGAAUCAUCGAAGAUAGUACUGGAUUGAAAAUUGGACCAUACAGCCUGUCUUAUCCGAAGUUAGAUGACCAUUUCAAAGCUGCUAAUUUACCACGUGAGAGAAACAAUUGGCAGAAAAUAGACGACUUCAACUGGCUGAGCAAGACAGAAAAGUCUCCGAACUACAGUUAUAUUCCAGAGAAUGAGAUGCAGUCAUUUUUGCUUGGAUAAAAAGGCCUUUUCAAUAAAUUUAAUUCUUGCUAGAAGACCUGAUUAGCAAUGUGGUUCUUAAAGCAGCUAUGUAAAUAGUGUAAAAACUAAAAUACUAUGCAACUAAAAGUAACUCAAGUUUAUUUUUUGAAGA